AUGGGAGUGCAGGAGAGCAUGGGAGUGCGGGAGAGCAUGGGAGUGCGGGAGAGCAUGGGAGUGCGGGAGAGCAUGGGAGUGCGGGAGAGCAUGGGAGUGCGGGAGAGCAUGGGAGUGCGGGAGAGCAUGGGAGUGCGGGAGAGCAUGGGAGUGCGGGAGAGCAUGGGAGUGCGGGAUAUCAUGGGAGUGCGGGAGAGCAUGGGAGUGCGGGAGAGCAUGGGAGUGCGGGAUAUCAUGGGAGUGCGGGAGAGCAUGGGAGUGCGGGAGAGCAUGGGAGUGCGGGAUAUCAUGGGAGUGCGGGAGAGCAUGGGAGUGCGGGAGAGCAUGGGAGUGCGGGAUAUCAUGGGAGUGCGGGAGAGCAUGGGAGUGCGGGAGAGCAUGGGAGUGCGGGAGAGCAUGGGAGUGCGGGAGAGCAUGGGAGUGCGGGAUAGCAUGGGAGUGCGGGAUAUCAUGGGAGUGCGGGAGAGCAUGGGAGUGCGGGAGAGCAUGGGAGUGCGGGAGAGCAUGGGAGUGCGGGAGAGCAUGGGAGUGCGGGAUAUCAUGGGAGUGCGGGAGAGCAUGGGAGUGCGGGAGAGCAUGGGAGUGCGGGAUAUCAUGGGAGUGCGGGAGAGCAUGGGAGUGCGGGAUAUCAUGGGAGUGCGGGAGAGCAUGGGAGUGCGGGAGAGCAUGGGAGUGCGGGAUAUCAUGGGAGUGCGGGAGAGCAUGGGAGUGCGGGAGAGCAUGGGAGUGCGGGAUAUCAUGGGAGUGCGGGAGAGCAUGGGAGUGCGGGAGAGCAUGGGAGUGCGGGAGAGCAUGGGAGUGCGGGAGAGCAUGGGAGUGCGGGAUAGCAUGGGAGUGCGGGAUAUCAUGGGAGUGCGGGAGAGCAUGGGAGUGCGGGAGAGCAUGGGAGUGCGGGAGAGCAUGGGAGUGCGGGAGAGCAUGGGAGUGCGGGAUAUCAUGGGAGUGCGGGAGAGCAUGGGAGUGCGGGAGAGCAUGGGAGUGCGGGAUAUCAUGGGAGUGCGGGAGAGCAUGGGAGUGCGGGAGAGCAUGGGAGUGCGGGAUAUCAUGGGAGUGCGGGAGAGCAUGGGAGUGCGGGAGAGCAUGGGAGUGCGGGAUAUCAUGGGAGUGCGGGAGAGCAUGGGAGUGCGGGAUAUCAUGGGAGUGCGGGAGAGCAUGGGAGUGCGGGAGAGCAUGGGAGUGCGGGAUAUCAUGGGAGUGCGGGAGAGCAUGGGAGUGCGGGAGAGCAUGGGAGUGCGGGAUAUCAUGGGAGUGCGGGAGAGCAUGGGAGUGCGGGAGAGCAUGGGAGUGCGGGAUAUCAUGGGAGUGCGGGAGAGCAUGGGAGUGCGGGAGAGCAUGGGAGUGCGGGAGAGCAUGGGAGUGCGGGAGAGCAUGGGAGUGCGGGAUAGCAUGGGAGUGCGGGAUAUCAUGGGAGUGCGGGAGAGCAUGGGAGUGCGGGAGAGCAUGGGAGUGCGGGAGAGCAUGGGAGUGCGGGAGAGCAUGGGAGUGCGGGAUAUCAUGGGAGUGCGGGAGAGCAUGGGAGUGCGGGAGAGCAUGGGAGUGCGGGAUAUCAUGGGAGUGCGGGAGAGCAUGGGAGUGCGGGAGAGCAUGGGAGUGCGGGAUAUCAUGGGAGUGCGGGAGAGCAUGGGAGUGCGGGAGAGCAUGGGAGUGCGGGAUAUCAUGGGAGUGCGGGACAUGGGAGUGCGGGAGAGCAUGGGAGUGCGGGAGAGCAUGGGAGUGCGGGAGAGCAUGGGAGUGCGGGAGAGCAUGGGAGUGCGGGAUAUCAUGGGAGUGCGGGAGAGCAUGGGAGUGCGGGAUAUCAUGGGAGUGCGGGAGAGCAUGGGAGUGCGGGAGAGCAUGGGAGUGCGGGAUAUCAUGGGAGUGCGGGAGAGCAUGGGAGUGCGGGAGAGCAUGGGAGUGCGGGAUAUCAUGGGAGUGCGGGAGAGCAUGGGAGUGCGGGAGAGCAUGGGAGUGCGGGAGAGCAUGGGAGUGCGGGAUAUCAUGGGAGUGCGGGAGAGCAUGGGAGUGCGGGAGAGCAUGGGAGUGCGGGAUAUCAUGGGAGUGCGGGAGAGCAUGGGAGUGCGGGAGAGCAUGGGAGUGCGGGAUAUCAUGGGAGUGCGGGAGAGCAUGGGAGUGCGGGAGAGCAUGGGAGUGCGGGAGAGCAUGGGAGUGCGGGAGAGCAUGGGAGUGCGGGAUAGCAUGGGAGUGCGGGAUAUCAUGGGAGUGCGGGAGAGCAUGGGAGUGCGGGAGAGCAUGGGAGUGCGGGAGAGCAUGGGAGUGCGGGAGAGCAUGGGAGUGCGGGAUAUCAUGGGAGUGCGGGAGAGCAUGGGAGUGCGGGAGAGCAUGGGAGUGCGGGAUAUCAUGGGAGUGCGGGAGAGCAUGGGAGUGCGGGAGAGCAUGGGAGUGCGGGAUAUCAUGGGAGUGCGGGAGAGCAUGGGAGUGCGGGAGAGCAUGGGAGUGCGGGAUAUCAUGGGAGUGCGGGAGAGCAUGGGAGUGCGGGAUAUCAUGGGAGUGCGGGAGAGCAUGGGAGUGCGGGAGAGCAUGGGAGUGCGGGAUAUCAUGGGAGUGCGGGAGAGCAUGGGAGUGCGGGAGAGCAUGGGAGUGUGGGAUAUCAUGGGAGUGCGGGAGAGCAUGGGAGUGCGGGAGAGCAUGGGAGUGCGGGAUAUCAUGGGAGUGCGGGAGAGCAUGGGAGUGCGGGAGAGCAUGGGAGUGCGGGAGAGCAUGGGAGUGCGGGAGAGCAUGGGAGUGCGGGAUAGCAUGGGAGUGCGGGAUCUCAUGGGAGUGCGGGAGAGCAUGGGAGUGCGGGAGAGCAUGGGAGUGCGGGAGAGCAUGGGAGUGCGGGAGAGCAUGGGAGUGCGGGAUAUCAUGGGAGUGCGGGAGAGCAUGGGAGUGCGGGAGAGCAUGGGAGUGCGGGAUAUCAUGGGAGUGCGGGAGAGCAUGGGAGUGCGGGAGAGCAUGGGAGUGCGGGAUAUCAUGGGAGUGCGGGAGAGCAUGGGAGUGCGGGAGAGCAUGGGAGUGCGGGAUAUCAUGGGAGUGCGGGAGAGCAUGGGAGUGCGGGAGAGCAUGGGAGUGCGGGAGAGCAUGGGAGUGCGGGAGAGCAUGGGAGUGCGGGAUAUCAUGGGAGUGCGGGAGAGCAUGGGAGUGCGGGAUAUCAUGGGAGUGCGGGAGAGCAUGGGAGUGCGGGAGAGCAUGGGAGUGCGGGAUAUCAUGGGAGUGCGGGAGAGCAUGGGAGUGCGGGAGAGCAUGGGAGUGCGGGAUAUCAUGGGAGUGCGGGAGAGCAUGGGAGUGCGGGAGAGCAUGGGAGUGCGGGAGAGCAUGGGAGUGCGGGAUAUCAUGGGAGUGCGGGAGAGCAUGGGAGUGCGGGAGAGCAUGGGAGUGCGGGAUAUCAUGGGAGUGCGGGAGAGCAUGGGAGUGCGGGAGAGCAUGGGAGUGCGGGAGAGCAUGGGAGUGCGGGAGAGCAUGGGAGUGCGGGAUAUCAUGGGAGUGCGGGAGAGCAUGGGAGUGCGGGAGAGCAUGGGAGUGCGGGAUAUCAUGGGACAUGGGAGUGCGGGAGAGCAUGGGAGUGCGGGAUAUCAUGGGAGUGCGGGCAUGGGAGUGCGGGAUAUCAUGGGAGUGCGGGAGAGCAUGGGAGUGCGGGAUAUCAUGGGAGUGCGGGAGAGCAUGGGAGUGCGGGAUAUCAUGGGAGUGCGGGAGAGCAUGGGAGUGCGGGAGAGCAUGGGAGUGCGGGAUAUCAUGGGAGUGCGGGAGAGCAUGGGAGUGCGGGAGAGCAUGGGAGUGCGGGAGAGCAUGGGAGUGCGGGAGAGCAUGGGAGUGCGGGAUAUCAUGGGAGUGCGGGAGAGCAUGGGAGUGCGGGAGAGCAUGGGAGUGCGGGAUAUCAUGGGAGUGCGGGAGAGCAUGGGAGUGCGGGAGAGCAUGGGAGUGCGGGAUAUCAUGGGAGUGCGGGAGAGCAUGGGAGUGCGGGAGAGCAUGGGAGUGCGGGAUAUCAUGGGAGUGCGGGAGAGCAUGGGAGUGCGGGAGAGCAUGGGAGUGCGGGAGAGCAUGGGAGUGCGGGAGAGCAUGGGAGUGCGGGAUAUCAUGGGAGUGCGGGAGAGCAUGGGAGUGCGGGAGAGCAUGGGAGUGCGGGAUAUCAUGGGAGUGCGGGAGAGCAUGGGAGUGCGGGAGAGCAUGGGAGUGCGGGAUAUCAUGGGAGUGCGGGAGAGCAUGGGAGUGCGGGAGAGCAUGGGAGUGCGGGAGAGCAUGGGAGUGCGGGAUAUCAUGGGAGUGCGGGAGAGCAUGGGAGUGCGGGAGAGCAUGGGAGUGCGGGAUAUCAUGGGAGUGCGGGAGAGCAUGGGAGUGCGGGAGAGCAUGGGAGUGCGGGAGAGCAUGGGAGUGCGGGAUAUCAUGGGAGUGCGGGAGAGCAUGGGAGUGCGGGAGAGCAUGGGAGUGCGGGAUAUCAUGGGAGUGCGGGAGAGCAUGGGAGUGCGGGAGAGCAUGGGAGUGCGGGAUAUCAUGGGAGUGCGGGAGAGCAUGGGAGUGCGGGAGAGCAUGGGAGUGCGGGAGAGCAUGGGAGUGCGGGAGAGCAUGGGAGUGCGGGAUAUCAUGGGAGUGCGGGAGAGCAUGGGAGUGCGGGAGAGCAUGGGAGUGCGGGAUAUCAUGGGAGUGCGGGAGAGCAUGGGAGUGCGGGAGAGCAUGGGAGUGCGGGAUAUCAUGGGAGUGCGGGAGAGCAUGGGAGUGCGGGAGAGCAUGGGAGUGCGGGAUAUCAUGGGAGUGCGGGAGAGCAUGGGAGUGCGGGAGAGCAUGGGAGUGCGGGAGAGCAUGGGAGUGCGGGAGAGCAUGGGAGUGCGGGAGAGCAUGGGAGUGCGGGAUAUCAUGGGAGUGCGGGAGAGCAUGGGAGUGCGGGAGAGCAUGGGAGUGCGGGAUAUCAUGGGAGUGCGGGAGAGCAUGGGAGUGCGGGAGAGCAUGGGAGUGCGGGAUAUCAUGGGAGUGCGGGAGAGCAUGGGAGUGCGGGAGAGCAUGGGAGUGCGGGAGAGCAUGGGAGUGCGGGAUAUCAUGGGAGUGCGGGAGAGCAUGGGAGUGCGGGAGAGCAUGGGAGUGCGGGAUAUCAUGGGAGUGCGGGAGAGCAUGGGAGUGCGGGAGAGCAUGGGAGUGCGGGAGAGCAUGGGAGUGCGGGAGAGCAUGGGAGUGCGGGAGAGCAUGGGAGUGCGGGAUAUCAUGGGAGUGCGGGAGAGCAUGGGAGUGCGGGAGAGCAUGGGAGUGCGGGAUAUCAUGGGAGUGCGGGAGAGCAUGGGAGUGCGGGAGAGCAUGGGAGUGCGGGAGAGCAUGGGAGUGCGGGAUAUCAUGGGAGUGCGGGAGAGCAUGGGAGUGCGGGAGAGCAUGGGAGUGCGGGAGAGCAUGGGAGUGCGGGAGAGCAUGGGAGUGCGGGAUAUCAUGGGAGUGCGGGAGAGCAUGGGAGUGCGGGAGAGCAUGGGAGUGCGGGAUAUCAUGGGAGUGCGGGAGAGCAUGGGAGUGCGGGAGAGCAUGGGAGUGCGGGAUAUCAUGGGAGUGCGGGAGAGCAUGGGAGUGCGGGAGAGCAUGGGAGUGCGGGAGAGCAUGGGAGUGCGGGAUAUCAUGGGAGUGCGGGAGAGCAUGGGAGUGCGGGAGAGCAUGGGAGUGCGGGAUAUCAUGGGAGUGCGGGAGAGCAUGGGAGUGCGGGAGAGCAUGGGAGUGCGGGAGAGCAUGGGAGUGCGGGAUAUCAUGGGAGUGCGGGAGAGCAUGGGAGUGCGGGAGAGCAUGGGAGUGCGGGAUAUCAUGGGAGUGCGGGAGAGCAUGGGAGUGCGGGAGAGCAUGGGAGUGCGGGAUAUCAUGGGAGUGCGGGAGAGCAUGGGAGUGCGGGAGAGCAUGGGAGUGCGGGAGAGCAUGGGAGUGCGGGAGAGCAUGGGAGUGCGGGAUAUCAUGGGAGUGCGGGAGAGCAUGGGAGUGCGGGAGAGCAUGGGAGUGCGGGAGAGCAUGGGAGUGCGGGAGAGCAUGGGAGUGCGGGAUAUCAUGGGAGUGCGGGAGAGCAUGGGAGUGCGGGAGAGCAUGGGAGUGCGGGAUAUCAUGGGAGUGCGGGAGAGCAUGGGAGUGCGGGAGAGCAUGGGAGUGCGGGAGAGCAUGGGAGUGCGGGGAGAGCAUGGGAUGCGGGAGAGCAUGGGAGUGCGGGAGAGCAUGGGAGUGCGGGAUAUCAUGGGAGUGCGGGAGAGCAUGGGAGUGCGGGAGAGCAUGGGAGUGCGGGAUAUCAUGGGAGUGCGGGAGAGCAUGGGAGUGCGGGAGAGCAUGGGAGUGCGGGAUAUCAUGGGAGUGCGGGAGAGCAUGGGAGUGCGGGAGAGCAUGGGAGUGCGGGAGAGCAUGGGAGUGCGGGAUAUCAUGGGAGUGCGGGAGAGCAUGGGAGUGCGGGAUAUCAUGGGAGUGCGGGAGAGCAUGGGAGUGCGGGAUAUCAUGGGAGUGCGGGAGAGCAUGGGAGUGCGGGAGAGCAUGGGAGUGCGGGAGAGCAUGGGAGUGCGGGAGAGCAUGGGAGUGCGGGAUAUCAUGGGAGUGCGGGAGAGCAUGGGAGUGCGGGAGAGCAUGGGAGUGCGGGAGAGCAUGGGAGUGCGGGAGAGCAUGGGAGUGCGGGAUAUCAUGGGAGUGCGGGAGAGCAUGGGAGUGCGGGAGAGCAUGGGAGUGCGGGAUAUCAUGGGAGUGCGGGAGAGCAUGGGAGUGCGGGAUAUCAUGGGAGUGCGGGAGAGCAUGGGAGUGCGGGAGAGCAUGGGAGUGCGGGAGAGCAUGGGAGUGCGGGAUAUCAUGGGAGUGCGGGAGAGCAUGGGAGUGCGGGAGAGCAUGGGAGUGCGGGAGAGCAUGGGAGUGCGGGAGAGCAUGGGAGUGCGGGAUAUUAUGGGAGUGCGGGAGAGUAUGGGAGUGCGGGAGAGCAUGGGAGUGCGGGAGAGCAUGGGAGUGCGGGAUAUCAUGGGAGUGCGGGAGAGCAUGGGAGUGCGGGAGAGCAUGGGAGUGCGGGAGAGCAUGGGAGUGCGGGAUAUCAUGGACAUGGGAGUGCGGGAGAGCAUGGGAGUGCGGGAUAUCAUGGGAGUGCGGGAGAGCAUGGGAGUGCGGGAGAGCAUGGGAGUGCGGGAGAGCAUGGGAGUGCGGGAGAGCAUGGGAGUGCGGGAGAGCAUGGGAGUGCGGGAGAGCAUGGGAGUGCGGGAGAGCAUGGGAGUGCGGGAUAUCAUGGGAGUGCGGGAGAGCAUGGGAGUGCGGGAGAGCAUGGGAGUGCGGGAGAGCAUGGGAGUGCGGGAUAUCAUGGGAGUGCGGGAGAGCAUGGGAGUGCGGGAGAGCAUGGGAGUGCGGGAUAUCAUGGGAGUGCGGGAGAGCAUGGGAGUGCGGGAUAUCAUGGGAGUGCGGGAGAGCAUGGGAGUGCGGGAGAGCAUGGGAGUGCGGGAGAGCAUGGGAGUGCGGGAUAUCAUGGGAGUGCGGGAGAGCAUGGGAGUGCGGGAGAGCAUGGGAGUGCGGGAGAGCAUGGGAGUGCGGGAUAUCAUGGGAGUGCGGGAGAGCAUGGGAGUGCGGGAUAUCAUGGGAGUGCGGGAGAGCAUGGGAGUGCGGGAGAGCAUGGGAGUGCGGGAGAGCAUGGGAGUGCGGGAUAUCAUGGGAGUGCAGGAGAGCAUGGGAGUGCGGGAGAGCAUGGGAGUGCGGGAGAGCAUGGGAGUGCGGGAGAGCAUGGGAGUGCGGGAUAUCAUGGGAGUGCGGGAGAGCAUGGGAGUGCGGGAGAGCAUGGGAGUGCGGGAGAGCAUGGGAGUGCGGGAUAUCAUGGGAGUGCGGGAGAGCAUGGGAGUGCGGGAUAUCAUGGGAGUGCGGGAGAGCAUGGGAGUGCGGGAUAUCAUGGGAGUGCGGGAGAGCAUGGGAGUGCGGGAGAGCAUGGGAGUGCGGGAGAGCAUGGGAGUGCGGGAGAGCAUGGGAGUGCGGGAGAGCAUGGGAGUGCGGGAGAGCAUGGGAGUGCGGGAUAUCAUGGGAGUGCGGGAGAGCAUGGGAGUGCGGGAGAGCAUGGGAGUGCGGGAGAGCAUGGGAGUGCGGGAUAUCAUGGGAGUGCGGGAGAGCAUGGGAGUGCGGGAUAUCAUGGGAGUGCGGGAGAGCAUGGGAGUGCGGGAGAGCAUGGGAGUGCGGGAGAGCAUGGGAGUGCGGGAUAUCAUGGGAGUGCGGGAUAUCAUGGGAGUGCGGGAGAGCAUGGGAGUGCGGGAUAUCAUGGGAGUGCGGGAGAGCAUGGGAGUGCGGGAUAUCAUGGGAGUGCGGGAGAGCAUGGGAGUGCGGGAGAGCAUGGGAGUGCGGGAGAGCAUGGGAGUGCGGGAUAUCAUGGGAGUGCGGGAGAGCAUGGGAGUGCGGGAGAGCAUGGGAGUGCGGGAGAGCAUGGGAGUGCGGGAUAUCAUGGGAGUGCGGGAGAGCAUGGGAGUGCGGGAUAUCAUGGGAGUGCGGGAGAGCAUGGGAGUGCGGGAGAGCAUGGGAGUGCGGGAGAGCAUGGGAGUGCGGGAUAUCAUGGGAGUGCGGGAGAGCAUGGGAGUGCGGGAGAGCAUGGGAGUGCGGGAGAGCAUGGGAGUGCGGGAUAUCAUGGGAGUGCGGGAGAGCAUGGGAGUGCGGGAUAUCAUGGGAGUGCGGGAGAGCAUGGGAGUGCGGGAGAGCAUGGGAGUGCGGGAGAGCAUGGGAGUGCGGGAUAUCAUGGGAGUGCGGGAGAGCAUGGGAGUGCGGGAGAGCAUGGGAGUGCGGGAGAGCAUGGGAGUGCGGGAUAUCAUGGGAGUGCGGGAGAGCAUGGGAGUGCGGGAUAUCAUGGGAGUGCGGGAGAGCAUGGGAGUGCGGGAGAGCAUGGGAGUGCGGGAGAGCAUGGGAGUGCGGGAUAUCAUGGGAGUGCGGGAGAGCAUGGGAGUGCGGGAGAGCAUGGGAGUGCGGGAGAGCAUGGGAGUGCGGGAGAGCAUGGGAGUGCGGGAUAUCAUGGGAGUGCGGGAGAGCAUGGGAGUGCGGGAGAGCAUGGGAGUGCGGGAGAGCAUGGGAGUGCGGGAUAUCAUGGGAGUGCGGGAGAGCAUGGGAGUGCGGGAUAUCAUGGGAGUGCGGGAGAGCAUGGGAGUGCGGGAUAUCAUGGGAGUGCGGGAGAGCAUGGGAGUGCGGGAGAGCAUGGGAGUGCGGGAGAGCAUGGGAGUGCGGGAGAGCAUGGGAGUGCGGGAGAGCAUGGGAGUGCGGGAUAUCAUGGGAGUGCGGGAGAGCAUGGGAGUGCGGGAGAGCAUGGGAGUGCGGGAGAGCAUGGGAGUGCGGGAUAUCAUGGGAGUGCGGGAGAGCAUGGGAGUGCGGGAUAUCAUGGGAGUGCGGGAGAGCAUGGGAGUGCGGGAUAUCAUGGGAGUGCGGGAGAGCAUGGGAGUGCGGGAGAGCAUGGGAGUGCGGGAGAGCAUGGGAGUGCGGGAGAGCAUGGGAGUGCGGGAUAUCAUGGGAGUGCGGGAGAGCAUGGGAGUGCGGGAGAGCAUGGGAGUGAGGGAGAGCAUGGGAGUGCGGGAGAGCAUGGGAGUGCGGGAUAUCAUGGGAGUGCGGGAGAGCAUGGGAGUGCGGGAGAGCAUGGGAGUGCGGGAGAGCAUGGGAGUGCGGGAUAUCAUGGGAGUGCGGGAGAGCAUGGGAGUGCAGGAUAUCAUGGGAGUGCGGGAGAGCAUGGGAGUGCGGGAGAGCAUGGGAGUGCGGGAGAGCAUGGGAGUGCGGGAGAGCAUGGGAGUGCGGGAUAUCAUGGGAGUGCGGGAGAGCAUGGGAGUGCGGGAGAGCAUGGGAGUGCGGGAGAGCAUGGGAGUGCGGGAUAUCAUGGGAGUGCGGGAGAGCAUGGGAGUGCGGGAUAUCAUGGGAGUGCGGGAGAGCGUGGGAGUGCGGGAGAGCAUGGGAGUGCGGGAGAGCAUGGGAGUGCGGGAUAUCAUGGGAGUGCGGGAGAGCAUGGGAGUGCGGGAGAGCAUGGGAGUGCGGGAGAGCAUGGGAGUGCGGGAGAGCAUGGGAGUGCGAGAUAUCAUGGGAGUGCGGGAGAGCAUGGGAGUGCGGGAGAGCAUGGGAGUGCGGGAGAGCAUGGGAGUGCGGGAUAUCAUGGGAGUGCGGGAGAGCAUGGGAGUGCGGGAUAUCAUGGGAGUGCGGGAGAGCAUGGGAGUGCGGGAUAUCAUGGGAGUGCGGGAGAGCAUGGGAGUGCGGGAGAGCAUGGGAGUGCGGGAGAGCAUGGGAGUGCGGGAUAUCAUGGGAGUGCGGGAGAGCAUGGGAGUGCGGGAGAGCAUGGGAGUGCGGGAGAGCAUGGGAGUGCGGGAUAUCAUGGGAGUGCGGGAGAGCAUGGGAGUGCGGGAUAUCAUGGGAGUGCGGGAGAGCAUGGGAGUGCGGGAGAGCAUGGGAGUGCGGGAGAGCAUGGGAGUGCGGGAUAUCAUGGGAGUGCGGGAGAGCAUGGGAGUGCGGGAGAGCAUGGGAGUGCGGGAGAGCAUGGGAGUGCGGGAGAGCAUGGGAGUGCGGGAUAUCAUGGGAGUGCGGGAGAGCAUGGGAGUGCGGGAGAGCAUGGGAGUGCGGGAGAGCAUGGGAGUGCGGGAUAUCAUGGGAGUGCGGGAGAGCAUGGGAGUGCGGGAUAUCAUGGGAGUGCGGGAGAGCAUGGGAGUGCGGGAGAGCAUGGGAGUGCGGGAGAGCAUGGGAGUGCGGGAUAUCAUGGGAGUGCGGGAGAGCAUGGGAGUGCGGGAGAGCAUGGGAGUGCGGGAGAGCAUGGGAGUGCGGGAGAGCAUGGGAGUGCGGGAUAUCAUGGGAGUGCGGGAGAGCAUGGGAGUGCGGGAGAGCAUGGGAGUGCGGGAGAGCAUGGGAGUGCGGGAUAUCAUGGGAGUGCGGGAGAGCAUGGGAGUGCGGGAGAGCAUGGGAGUGCGGGAGAGCAUGGGAGUGCGGGAUAUCAUGGGAGUGCGGGAGAGCAUGGGAGUGCGGGAUAUCAUGGGAGUGCGGGAGAGCAUGGGAGUGCGGGAGAGCAUGGGAGUGCGGGAUAUCAUGGGAGUGCGGGAGAGCAUGGGAGUGCGGGAGAGCAUGGGAGUGCGGGAGAGCAUGGGAGUGCGGGAGAGCAUGGGAGUGCGGGAUAUCAUGGGAGUGCGGGAGAGCAUGGGAGUGCGGGAGAGCAUGGGAGUGCGGGAGAGCAUGGGAGUGCGGGAUAUCAUGGGAGUGCGGGAGAGCAUGGGAGUGCGGGAGAGCAUGGGAGUGCGGGAGAGCAUGGGAGUGCGGGAUAUCAUGGGAGUGCGGGAGAGCAUGGGAGUGCGGGAUAUCAUGGGAGUGCGGGAGAGCAUGGGAGUGCGGGAGAGCAUGGGAGUGCGGGAGAGCAUGGGAGUGCGGGAUAUCAUGGGAGUGCGGGAGAGCAUGGGAGUGCGGGAGAGCAUGGGAGUGCGGGAGAGCAUGGGAGUGCGGGAGAGCAUGGGAGUGCGGGAGAGCAUGGGAAGCAUGGGAGUGCGGGAGAGCAUGGGAGUGCGGGAGAGCAUGGGAGUGCGGGAGAGCAUGGGAGUGCGGGAUAUCAUGGGAGUGCGGGAGAGCAUGGGAGUGCGGGAUAUCAUGGGAGUGCGGGAGAGCAUGGGAGUGCGGGAGAGCAUGGGAGUGCGGGAGAGCAUGGGAGUGCGGGAGAGCAUGGGAGUGCGGGAGAGCAUGGGAGUGCGGGAUAUCAUGGGAGUGCGGGAGAGCAUGGGAGUGCGGGAUAUCAUGGGAGUGCGGGAGAGCAUGGGAGUGCGGGAGAGCAUGGGAGUGCGGGAGAGCAUGGGAGUGCGGGAUAUCAUGGGAGUGCGGGAGAGCAUGGGAGUGCGGGAGAGCAUGGGAGUGCGGGAGAGCAUGGGAGUGCGGGAGAGCAUGGGAGUGCGGGAGAGCAUGGGAGUGCAGGAGAGCAUGGGAGUGCGGGAGAGCAUGGGAGUGCGGGAUAUCAUGGGAGUGCGGGAGAGCAUGGGAGUGCGGGAGAGCAUGGGAGUGCGGGAGAGCAUGGGAGUGCGGGAGAGCAUGGGAGUGCGGGAGAGCAUGGGAGUGCGGGAGAGCAUGGGAGUGCGGGAGAGCAUGGGAGUGCGGGAGAGCAUGGGAGUGCGGGAGAGCAUGGGAGUGCGGGAGAGCAUGGGAGUGCGGGAUAUCAUGGGAGUGCGGGAGAGCAUGGGAGUGCGGGAUAUCAUGGGAGUGCGGGAGAGCAUGGGAGUGCGGGAGAGCAUGGGAGUGCGGGAGAGCAUGGGAGUGCGGGAGAGCAUGGGAGUGCGGGAGAGCAUGGGAGUGCGGGAGAGCAUGGGAGUGCGGGAGAGCAUGGGAGUGCGGGAGAGCAUGGGAGUGCGGGAGAGCAUGGGAGUGCGGGAUAUCAUGGGAGUGCAGGAGAGCAUGGGAGUGCGGGAGAGCAUGGGAGUGCGGGAGAGCAUGGGAGUGCGGGAGAGCAUGGGAGUGCGGGAGAGCAUGGGAGUGCGGGAGAGCAUGGGAGUGCGGGAGAGCAUGGGAGUGCGGGAUAUCAUGGGAGUGCGGGAGAGCAUGGGAGUGCGGGAUAUCAUGGGAGUGCGGGAGAGCAUGGGAGUGCGGGAUAUCAUGGGAGUGCGGGAGAGCAUGGGAGUGCGGGAGAGCAUGGGAGUGCGGGAGAGCAUGGGAGUGCGGGAUAUCAUGGGAGUGCGGGAGAGCAUGGGAGUGCGGGAGAGCAUGGGAGUGCGGGAGAGCAUGGGAGUGCGGGAGAGCAUGGGAGUGCGGGAGAGCAUGGGAGUGCGGGAUAUCAUGGGAGUGCGGGAGAGCAUGGGAGUGCGGGAUAUCAUGGGAGUGCGGGAGAGCAUGGGAGUGCGGGAGAGCAUGGGAGUGCGGGAGAGCAUGGGAGUGCGGGAUAUCAUGGGAGUGCGGGAGAGCAUGGGAGUGCGGGAUAUCAUGGGAGUGCGGGAGAGCAUGGGAGUGCGUGAGAGCAUGGGAGUGCGGGAGAGCAUGGGAGUGCGGGAUAUCAUGGGAGUGCGGGAGAGCAUGGGAGUGCGGGAGAGCAUGGGAGUGCGGGAGAGCAUGGGAGUGCGGGAUAUCAUGGGAGUGCGGGAGAGCAUGGGAGUGCGGGAUAUCAUGGGAGUGCGGGAGAGCAUGGGAGUGCGGGAGAGCAUGGGAGUGCGGGAGAGCAUGGGAGUGCGGGAUAUCAUGGGAGUGCGGGAGAGCAUGGGAGUGCGGGAGAGCAUGGGAGUGCGGGAGAGCAUGGGAGUGCGGGAGAGCAUGGGAGUGCGGGAUAUCAUGGGAGUGCGGGAGAGCAUGGGAGUGCGGGAUAUCAUGGGAGUGCGGGAGAGCAUGGGAGUGCGGGAGAGCAUGGGAGUGCGGGAGAGCAUGGGAGUGCGGGAGAGCAUGGGAGUGCGGGAGAGCAUGGGAGUGCGGGAUAUCAUGGGAGUGCGGGAGAGCAUGGGAGUGCGGGAUAUCAUGGGAGUGCGGGAGAGCAUGGGAGUGCGGGAGAGCAUGGGAGUGCGGGAGAGCAUGGGAGUGCGGGAUAUCAUGGGAGUGCGGGAGAGCAUGGGAGUGCGGGAGAGCAUGGGAGUGCGGGAGAGCAUGGGAGUGCGGGAGAGCAUGGGAGUGCGGGAGAGCAUGGGAGUGCGGGAGAGCAUGGGAGUGCGGGAGAGCAUGGGAGUGCGGGAUAUCAUGGGAGUGCGGGAGAGCAUGGGAGUGCGGGAGAGCAUGGGAGUGCGGGAGAGCAUGGGAGUGCGGGAGAGCAUGGGAGUGCGGGAGAGCAUGGGAGUGCGGGAGAGCAUGGGAGUGCGGGAGAGCAUGGGAGUGCGGGAAAUCAUGGGAGUGCGGGAGAGCAUGGGAGUGCGGGAGAGCAUGGGAGUGCGGGAGAGCAUGGGAGUGCGGGAGAGCAUGGGAGUGCGGGAGAGCAUGGGAGUGCGGGAGAGCAUGGGAGUGCGGGAGAGCAUGGGAGUGCGGGAUAUCAUGGGAGUGCGGGAGAGCAUGGGAGUGCGGGAGAGCAUGGGAGUGCGGGAGAGCAUGGGAGUGCGGGAGAGCAUGGGAGUGCGGGAGAGCAUGGGAGUGCGGGAGAGCAUGGGAGUGCGGGAUAUCAUGGUGAAAGUGAGAGAGCGACAACUCAACACCCACCCACCACCCGUGGCGCACCCACCACCCGUGGCGCACCCACCACCCGUGGCGCACCCACCACCCGUGGCGCACCCACCACCCGUGGCGCACCCACCACCCCUCCCGCACUCACCACUGGCGCAUGGCGGCUCUCCCCCUCUCCAUUUCCGCCUCCCCCACCUCCGCCACUACCCUCACUGCGCCCCUCCCCCUUUUGCUGCUGGCGGCCGGGCCCCCAGGCAGCGACACACGCCUGAGACAGGCGUGGUGAGAGGGUGGGGUGGGAAGAGGAGAGAUGGGGGAAAGAAGGUGGGGAAGUUGGGGGGUGCGUGA